UAAAUAGGCGUAAGCUUUAUUUCUUGAACGAAUUGGGCAUCUUGGCUUCUCAUUUUCCUCAUCUAUGUACAGAAACAGAGCUUUCUGUAAUGUAUCACUCCCAAUCGGUCUCCUUACUCACCAGUUGUUUUGUUUGGGAGAGCUAUCUCAAAAGCCUAAUGUACUCUGACGAGUGAAUCUAAUUCAUUACUGCAUAUCUCUAUCGAAUCUGUACUCAACUAUCCAACAAAUCAAGGCUUCUUCAAAAUUUCAAAUAAAAUCUGAUUGCAGUUCCUGGUAACAUUGGUCUUGCGAAGUUGAAAGUGGGAAAGCAAAAAGAAUUUCCUUGGAUGAGUUGGUUUCCGGACGGUUAUUGAAGUAAAAGGCAUAAGAUGGGUUUUUUUGAUGGAUUGCCAGUUCCUCCUGACAAAGAGUAUUUGAGGGAUGAGCUUUCAAGAAUAGAUGAGAGUUGGGCUACUGCACGUUUUGACUCAUUACCUCAUGUUGUUCAUAUUUUGACGUCAAAAGAUCGUGAAGGUGAAGUGCAAAUUUUGAAGGAACAAAGUGAUGUUGUUGAGGAGGUUGUGGAUGAAGUUGUGCAUGCUUAUCAUGGUGGCUUCAACAAAGCAAUUCAAAAUUAUUCUCAGAUCUUGCGGUUAUUCAGUGAAUCUGCAGAAAGUAUUGGCACACUAAAGGUUGAUUUGAGUGAAGCAAAGAAGCGCCUUGGCACCCGAAACAAACAAUUGCAUCAGUUAUGGUAUCGGUCUGUUACGCUGCGGCACAUAAUCUCACUACUAGAUCAAAUUGAGGGCAUAGCUAAGGUUCCGUCUCGUAUUGAGAAACUCAUUGCUGAAAAGCAAUAUUAUGCAGCAGUUCAAUUACAUGUUCAGUCAACAUUGAUGCUUGAGCGAGAAGGUCUUCAAACAGUUGGUGCUCUUCAAGAUGUUCGGUCUGAGCUAACGAAGUUGAGAGGAACUCUUUUCUACAAAGUUUUUGAGGAUUUGCAUGCACACCUUUACAACAAUGGAGAGUAUAGCUCGGUUGCCUCAAGCAUGAAUGAAAGAGAUGAUGCCUUGCCAACCACCACUGCUGUUGCAUUUACAAUGAGUAAUUCACAAUCUUUAUCUCGAAGAACCAGAUUAAUGAAAGGUGACAAUCAUGGAUUCAUGGACGGAUCGUAUAGGCUCAGUUCUGCUGAUGGAGGUUCAUCAUUUGAUGGCCAUGAUGAGGAAGGUACCUUGGAAUCACAUGAUGAAUCAAACCUGAAUGGACAUUCUGCAACAAUGAGGGUAAAUGGUGGCGAUGGCAAUACAAAGGACAGUAAAGUUGUUCCUCAUCAAGUACCACAUUGGCUUUCAAAUUCCACUCCUGAUGAAUUUGUUGAAACAAUAAAAAAGAGUGAUGCUCUACUUCAUGUGAAGUAUUUGCUGACAAUGGUCGAGUGCCUCUGCAUGCUAGGCAAAGUUGCAGCUGCUGGUGCGAUGAUAUGCCAGAGAUUGCGACCCACAGUUCAUGACAUUAUCACUUCCAAGAUAAAAUCUCAUGCGGAACUUGUCAACUCUUCAAAGUCUAGCAUUUGUCAGGCUGUCCAAACUGCUGCCACAGGUCUUCAUAUCAUGAAAGGGCAGUUAGAGAGCUACCAGUUGUCAAAACAGAAGCCUCAGAAUGGGAUAUCACUGGCGGUGACAUUAUUGUCAGUAAGCCCUGUUUCACCAGUAAUGGCUCCUGCAGGGAAAGCGCAGGCUGCUGCAAAGGAUCUUCUCAGUUCAAUCUUGGACACUGUUGUUCAAAUAUUUGAGAAUCAUGUUGUUGUUGGAGAGCUUCUAGAAUCAAAAUCUACCCAGAAUGCUGAUAUGAACACAGCACAGUCCAUGAUAGAUGUAAAUUGGAACCCUGAUUCUGAAGCAUCUCAAGUUGCUGGAGGUUUCAGCAUAGGUUCUUCCAUGUCAGUUUUGCAGAGUGAAUGCCAACAACUUAUAUGUGAAAUUCUGCGAGCAACUCCUGAAGCUGCAUCUGCAGAUGCUGCUGUUCAAACUGCUCGACUUGCAAGUAAAGCUCCUUCCAAGGAAAAGAAGGAUGGUUCAGAAGAUGGCCUUACAUUUGCUUUUCGGUUCACAGAUGCUAGUAUAUCUAUUCCUAACCAAGGUGUUGAUCUUAUUCGUCAAGGGUGGAAUAGGAGAGGUCCGAAUGUCUUACAAGAAGGUUACGGUUCUGCUGCUGUCUUGCCUGAGCAAGGCAUAUACCUAGCAGCAUCUGUAUAUCGGCCUGUCCUCGAGUUCACAGAUAAGGUUGCUUCGUUAUUGCCAAAAAAAUAUUCGCAACUUGGGAAUGAUGGAUUACUAGCAUUUGUAGAGAACUUUGUUAAGGACCAUUUUUUACCAACCAUGUUCGUGGACUACCGGAAGGGUGUACAGCAAGCUAUAUCAAGUCCGGCUGCAUUUCGCCCAAGGGCACAUGCUGCUGCUAGUUAUACCUCAUCAAUUGAGAAGGGUCGACCUGUCUUGCAGGGACUUUUGGCAAUAGACUUCUUAGCGAAAGAGGUUCUUGGUUGGGCUCAAGCAAUGCCAAAAUUUUCUAGUGAUCUUGUGAAGUAUGUGCAAACUUUCCUUGAACGAGCAUAUGAAAGAUGUCGAACAUCAUACAUGGAGGCCGUUCUUGAGAAGCAGAGUUACAUGCUAAUUGGGAGGCAUGAUAUUGAGAAGUUGAUGCGUCUUGAUCCAGCAAGCUCAUGUUUGCCAAAUCCCCCAAGUAAGGCAAAUGUGAACAAUACCUCAGGUUCUGAAUCUGCUGAGGUUGAAUCAGAAUUAAGCGAGUUAUUAUUGAAUUUGCGGCCUAUCAGGCAGGAAAAUCUAAUUCGUGAUGACAACAAACUAAUUUUGCUGGCAUCCCUUAGUGAUUCAUUGGAGUAUGUUGCAGACUCAAUUGAAAGGCUAACUUUAAGAAGGUCAAGUCAAGCAGAAGUGAAGGGAAAGGAUCUUGCAUCAUUUUCAGAUGACUAUAGAAAACUUGCAGUUGAUUGCUUGAAGGUUUUGCGUGUAGAGAUGCAAUUAGAGACUAUUUUUCACAUGCAGGAAAUGUCAAACAGAGAGUACUUGGAGGACCAAGAUGCCGAAGAGCCAGACGACUUUAUUAUUUCGCUCACAGCACAGAUAACACGCAGGGAUGAGGAAAUUGCACCUUUUGUGGCAGGAGUAAAGCGAAACUAUAUAUUUGGUGGAAUUUGUGGUAUUGCAGCGAAUGCGUCAAUCAAGGCUUUGGCUGACAUGAAAGCCAUUAACCUUUUUGGAGUUCAACAGAUAUGUCGAAAUUCAAUUGCACUAGAACAGGCCCUUGCAGCUAUUCCAUCAAUUGAUAGCGAAGCUGUACAGCAGAGAUUAGAUCAUGCUCGCACCUAUUAUGAACUAUUAAAUAUGCCAUUCGAGGCCUUGCUUGCUUUCAUCACAGAGCAUGAGCACUUGUUUACAGGCCCAGAGUAUGGUAGUCUUCUGAAAGUUCGAGUUCCAGGAAGGGAGAUUCCCCCAGAUGCACAAGAUCGAGUAUCAGACAUCUUAUCUCAUUAGCUUUUUUUCUAUUGGCAAAUGAGGAUUUAUUUAUUAGAACCUGGUGCCAUAUUACACUUACAGAAUUGAGGCUUAGCAUGUGCUACAUUUGAAUUUUUGCCGUAUAUUGUAGAUUUAAGGUUCAUGGUUCUUGCAAUUUUUUUCCCCUUUCUUUGGGUCAUUUGUAGCAUGCUUGUCUUUCUUUGGGAUUUUGGCGGGACUUGGUCAGUGUUGAUGCGACAGAAGGACAAUGCCGUCUGAACUUGUUGCUAUUUUUAUUAUUAUUAUUAUUUUUUUCAUUCAUCAA